CAGGGCCGGGCAUCCCCCGCUCUCCGCGUGGGGCGGGCCGGGGGCGGGCGCUGCCCGCGGAGCCCGGGCGGGAGCGCAGCCCCGCAUCCCGCACCUGGGCGGGCACCGCAUCCCGCACCUGGGCGGGAGCCAGCCCCGCAUCCCGCACCUGGGCGGGCACCGCAUCCCGCACCUGGGCAGCGCCCACAGCCUGCCUGCCCCGCCAGGAUGAGCGGCCGAGCCGGGGGAGCCGCGCCGGGCGCCGAGGGGCUCUGCCCCGGCCAUGGAUGAGGUCUCUCCUAUGGACGUUGCACUCCCUGCUGCCUGUGCCUGCUGCCUGUGAUGGAAGAACUUGAUGUGAAUGUGAGCUGGAGUGAGGGCUUCGGCGUGGCCGAGAAGAUCGUGCUGCUCUCCUUCAUCUCCGCCGUCAUCCUCAUGGCCAUCCUGGGCAACCUGCUGGUCAUGGUGGCCGUGUGCCGGGACAGGCAGCUCAGGAAAAUCAAGACCAACUAUUUCAUCGUCUCCCUGGCCUUUGCUGACCUGCUGGUGUCGGUGCUGGUGAUGCCCUUCGGGGCCAUGGAGCUGGUCCAGGACAACUGGGUCUACGGGGAGAUGUUCUGCCUGGUGAGGACGUCCCUGGACGUGCUGCUCACCACGGCCUCCAUCCUGCACCUCUGCUGCAUCUCCCUGGACAGGUACUAUGCCAUCUGCUGCCAGCCCCUGGUGUACAGGAACAAGAUGACCCCGCUGCGCAUCGCGGUGAUGCUGGGAGGCUGCUGGGUCAUCCCAACCUUCAUUUCCUUCCUCCCCAUCAUGCAGGGCUGGAACAGCAUUGGCAUCAUUGAUCUGAUCCAGCAGAGGCAGUUCAACAAGGCCUCCAACUCCACCUACUGCAUCUUCAUGGUGAACAAGCCCUACGCCAUCACCUGCUCCGUGGUGGCCUUCUACAUCCCCUUCCUGCUGAUGGUGCUGGCCUACCACCGCAUCUACGUGACGGCGCGGGCGCACGCGCGGCAGAUCCGGCUGCUGCAGCGGGCGGGGAACCCGCAGGAGCCCCGGCAACAUCCCCAGGAGCACCCACAGGAGCCACAGGAGCACCCACAGGAGCCACAGGAGCACCCACAGGAGCACCCACAGGAGAACCCACAGGAGCACCCACGGCAGCACCCACAGGAGCCCCGGCAGCACCCCCCCGACCAGCACAGCAGCCACCGCAUGAGAACCGAGACCAAAGCCGCCAAGACGCUGUGCAUCAUCAUGGGCUGCUUCUGCCUCUGCUGGGCCCCCUUCUUCGUCACCAACGUCGUGGAUCCCUUCAUAAACUACACGGUGCCCGGCAAGCUGUGGACGGCCUUCCUGUGGCUGGGCUACAUCAACUCGGGCCUGAACCCUUUCCUCUACGCCUUCCUCAACAAGGCUUUCAGACGUGCCUUCCUCAUCAUCCUGUGCUGCGGCGACGAGCGCUACCGAAGGCCUUCCAUCCUGGGCCAGACCGUGCCCUGCUCCACCACCACCAUCAACGGCUCCACGCACGUGCUGAGGGUAAACAGCUGGAAGUGUUGAACUCACUGCCAGAGGCUCCAGACAGACCCUUUGUGCCACACGACGUCCCGGGACACCUUAAUGACUCCUCUUUAGCUUAAUGAACCUCUAACAAUCGGCGCCGCUGCUCUUGCUGCU